GGGACAUAGAAUUAAGGCCCAAGCAGCAGGUUGGGCCUGGAAAGCUAGGGAGCAGAGACAGGAUUGUGAGGUCUCGUCUCCUAGACUUGAGCCCCCAGGUUCCGGCGCCAGAAGGAGGAGAACGAAUACAGGACUCAGCAUCUGGGAGACUGAGGCAGGAAACUCCCAACGAGUUCAAUGCCGCCCUGAGCUACAUAGUGAGUUCCAGAACAGCCUGGACUGAGAGUACCAUCUACGCUCCAUUGAGAGAGAACUUGCAAGGCGAGCUAAGACAACUCAUACCACGGAUGGCCACACUUUCCUGACUUCAUACUCAGGGCUUAUUGUCUACGUGGCUCCUCCGCACACUUCCCAGACAUUCGAUUAUUUAAUCUUUGCCCUAUUUUGGAAGCUAAGAUUCUUAUUUACAGAAGAAUUGUAUUAUUGAAAAUCACCCAAGUAGCCUAGUCCGCUCAUUCCUUUCCUGGAAGAAUUUUGGUCCUGGUCGCCCACCAGCUCAGUUCAUGGAACAGAAGGCCCAGGGGCCACCCUCUCCGCCAGCGAUGGAGAACGGCACACAGCCCUGCGAAGAGCGCCCACUCGCGGCCCCGGAGGCGACUAUCACCGAGGGCGCCGCCAAGAUCGUCUUCCCCAACGCCAACGAGGUUUUCUACAACCCAGUGCAGGAGUUCAACCGGGAUCUGACAUGUGCUGUGAUCACUGAGUUUGCUCGAAUUCAUCUUGGGGCCAAGGGAAUCCAGAUCAAGGUGCCAGGAGAGAAGGACUUGCAGAAAGUGUCUGUGAACUUGAACUUGACUGAGCAAGAGGAGGAAAAGGCUGAACAGGAAGAGAAGGAAACCCUGGCCUCAGGAGAGCAACCUCGGACAGCUGCCGUUGGUGAGACCUGUGAGGAAGGUCUACGAGUGCUGGAAGGCCUGGCAGCUUCCGGUCUGCGCUCCAUCCGAUUUGCCCUAGAGGUUCCUGGCCUCCGGUCUGUCGUUGCCAACGACGCCUCUGCCCGGGCUGUAGAGCUCAUGGGCCGAAACGUGCACCUCAACGGUGUGGCACAUCUUGUCCAGCCCAACCAGGCAGACGCCCGGAUGCUGAUGUACCAACACCAAAAGGCAUCUGAGUGUUUUGAUGUCAUUGAUCUGGACCCUUAUGGCAGUCCUGCCCCUUUCCUGGAUGCAGCAGUGCAAGCCGUGAAUGAUGGAGGUCUUCUGUGUGUCACUUGCACGGACAUGGCAGUAUUGGCGGGGAACAGCGGAGAGACGUGCUAUAGCAAGUAUGGAGCCAUGGCCAUCAAGAGCCGGGCCUGCCAUGAAAUGGCCCUGAGAAUUGUGCUGCAUAGCCUGGACCUGCAUGCCAACUGCUACCAGCGCUUCGUGGUGCCACUGCUCAGCAUCAGCGCUGAUUUCUAUGUCCGGGUUUUUGUGCGCGUUUUCACAGGCCAGGCCAAGGUUAAGGCCUCAGCCAGCAAGCAGGCCCUGGUGUUCCAGUGUGUGGGUUGUGGAGCCUUCUACCUGCAGCGUCUUGGCAAAGCAUCAGGAGACCCUGGUGGCAGGGUCAAGUUCUCUGCAGCCUGUGGUCCUCCAGUGACCCCUGAGUGUGAACACUGUGGACAGCGUCACCAGCUUGGAGGCCCCUUGUGGGCAGAUCCCAUCCAUGACCUGGACUUUGUUGGCCGAGUUCUUAAAGCAGUGACCGCUAAUCCUGGCCGCUUCCACACCUCCAAGCGGAUCCAAGGUGUCCUGAGUGUUGUUACUGAGGAACUUCCCGACGUCCCUCUCUACUACACACUGGACCAUCUGAGCAGCACCAUCCACUGUAACACACCCAGCCUCCUGCAGCUUCGGUCAGCCCUCCUCCACGCUGGCUUCCGAGUCUCUCUCUCCCACGCUUGUAAGAAUGCAGUGAAGACAGAUGCUCCCCCACAAGCUCUCUGGGACAUCAUGCGUUGCUGGGAGAAGGAGUGUCCAGUAAAACGGGAGCGGCUGUCAGAAAGCAGCCCAGCCUUCCGAAUUCUGGCUGUGGAGCCCAGGCUAAAGGCCAACUUCAACAUCCGGGAAGAUGCCAACCCCAGCUCCCGCCAGCAAGGACUCAAGCGCUUCCAGGCCAAUCCAGAAGCCAACUGGGGCCCCCGGCCCCGUGCCCGGCCAGGGGCAGCAAGUAAAGAUCCGGAGGAGAAACGGAGGCUGCUACAAAAUAAGCGGAAGGAGCCAGCCGAGGACCCAGCCCAGAGGGCAGCCCGCCUCAAGACGUUUCCUUGCAAACGAUUCAAGGAGGGUACCUGUCAGCGAGGGGACCAGUGCUGUUACUCACACAGCCCUACAGCACCUGUGGGCUCUGCUGAUACUCUCCUCACAGACUGUCCAGAGUCCACCACCAAUAUCUCCCCUGGACCAGAGGCUGCUGCUGGGGGCACUGGUGGGCCAGGUGUGGACUGAGACAAUAAAGAGAUGUCACUUUC